AUAGCCAUGGCGUUGCAUGGGUGCACUUUCGAUAUCAUACUGCUAUUUGGACCUCCCAUUCCGGUAAUUAAUAUAAUAUUAUUAUUUGAAAUAAAAUAAGUAGCUUUUUCGAUUAAUGCAAUUUACCUAGCCUAACAUUUUUGAUACCUAGCGGCGCCUAGCGCCUAUCUAUCAGUAUCAGCGAUCCAGGUAUUUAAAUUUAUAAUAAUUUCUAUUUUCUAUAUAAUAAUAAUAUAAUUUUAAUUUUAUAAUAAUAUUUGGUAAACUAAAUACUAGAUUAAGUAGAUGUAAAAUAAUUUUAAUUGACUAAAAUUUGACUAAACUAAAACUAAAUCGAGUCGUUCACCAAUUUUCCUAAUUAAUAAUUAUUAGUAAAACUAUGUAAUGUUAACCCUUUUGGGACGGAGCCUUUUCGGGGUGCCUUGGCCGAGCCAAAAAGAUCGAGCACUUUUUACCAGCUCGGCACUCGCAUUGCCGAUAAAAUUAUAUAAAAUAAACCAUUUCCUUUAUAUUUAUAAAACGAUAUAUAUAUUCUUGUAGAAAAUUGAAUGAAUUUCAAUGAACUGUUACAAUUACAAUCUUUAUGAUUCUAACUGAAAUAUCAACAUUUAUGCAAAUGAGCUGUACUGAUUUACAUAAUUUAUGCGUGUAAGUGUAAUUUUUUUUGUUUCAACCUAGAAUAAACAAGACUUACUUGUAUCAAUUGUGUGAAUUUUUUUAUGGAUGAACCCCGAAUAAGUCCUAACACUUGUGUUUUUGGGAAACAAGGCCCAAGGAGGCCCUUCAGACAUUGCUGGCACAUGUCGUCACAUUAUUCUACUCAUUUUCCUGCCUCCAGCUAUUUUUCAGUUGCGACAGACACAUACUUUAACAGGCCCCCAUUUAUGACCUAGGGACCUUCUCUAAGGCUUGAAGUUACUGAGAAAGUUGUCUGCAUAUCUAUUGAUCUCUCUCAUAAACAUUUGAGUGAUAUUUAGUGUAAAAAAAAUAGCAUAAUGGGGUGCUUAUGCCUUAUUUAUAGGACCUACAUGGCCUAAAAAUUCAGAGGGGUCAUCUCUGCCCAUUGCAGGACCCCUAAUACUAAACCAAGAGUUCACAACAUUAACAUUACCCUCAUUUUGAUAGUCUUCAUUAAUUUCCUGGUUGUUUUCAUCAGUUUCAGUGUCAGAUUCACUGCUAGAAUAUCAAAAUCACUAAGGAUAGUUUGAUCAGUAUCACUGUCAGAUAUUUUGGUAUUUUACAAUAUUACUGGCCAAAUUUUUAAAAAAUUUCUUAAUACACACAAGCUAGUUCACUAUCAAAACAGGCCGCCAUUAUAAUGUCGGGAUGUGCAAGGAUAUGUAAGAAGCAAUCUGAUGAGAAUUAUCUGGUCUAUAGAUCAGGCAUCCAUCUUAUUUGCUACUCUACGAUGGGCCAAUAGUUGGGCCCAUCCAUCCCAAGUGGGUUAGUACUAAUAGUAUUAGUAUAAGUAUAGCAAAUAAUAAAGUUAUUGGUAAUAGUAAUAGGCCCAAAUUCAAUUAAUUUAGAUUUACUUAACUAGACUUCCUAAGUAAGUAACUAAGUUUGUAAGUAAGUCAAGGAAUAGAGUAAGUAGAAGACUUGAUUGACUUUGUCUUACUCUUUGGCCUACAACUUUAAUUAACUUUAUUAGGCACAUAGACUACUUAGACUAAGGUAUACAGUGAAGAUGUCCUCUCGACAUUGCUCUACGGGUGUGAAACGGGGACAGUCUACUAAUGUCACACCAAGUAACUAAACCACUUUCACACAACCUGCCUCAGGAAACUCCUCGGCAUCAAGUGGCAAGACAAAGUGCCUGACACAGAGGUCCUUGCUAGAGCGAGCCUACCUAGCAUCUUCACCAACCUGAUGCAGUCGCAACAUGUAGCCCGUAUGGAAGACAACAGGCUCCCUAACCAGCUAUUCUUCGGUAAACUCACGCUAGGCAAGCCCUCCCAAGGAGGUAAAAAAAAGGGAUACAAAGACACAAUGAAAGCGGCACUAAAGGCCUUCAGCAGCAACCUAAUUGAAUGGGUGCAGACAGCCCAGGACAGAGCUAAGUGGAGAUCAGAUGUCAAUCUCAUGAUGCCAGAAUGAUAGUGACAGCCGAGACAAGCAGGUUAGCCCGAAAAAACAACCUUAGACCACCGACUACAGCAACUAUCCCCUGCCCGUGGUGCCAGAGACUAUUCUGAGCACGGAUUGGACUAGCAAGCCACCUAUGCACUCAUCGUGACCCACCCCACCCCUGACCAGCUGACUAGAUAGUCCUUGUCGAUUUUGAAUGAUGAACAACAAGUCUAAACUACUAAGAAUAAACAAUUAAGUUUAAGGGUAAGAGUGGUACAAGUAUAGUAUAAGACUAAGACUUCAAGCACUCACUCUUACAACUCUUAGUCUAAGAGUUAGAAUUAGUAAGAGUUACUCACCAAGUUAGACAGUGAGUGAGUGAUUUAACUCACUAACGACUAACAGUAAUAACACAUUAGACUAGAGACCGGGCUAAUCUCAAGGAAGAAUGAGUUUGUUGAGUCUACUAAGUAAAGAACAGUAUAAAAAAGUAUAGGCAUGGGUAUAAAUUGUAAAACUAAGGGAGAAGGAAAAUGUAUUUUAUAACAUUUUAUACGUUGCUUUGCUGCUGUUUCGAAACAGAAAAACAUGGUUGCAGAUUAUCAUUGUGGCAUAUUUUUUAAAAAGAAGUCAUUUUUUGACAUAACACUUUCUGGUUCUGGUUCUGGUAGUGUUUCGUUGCUGCAUACAUGUACUGGCAUCUUUACAACGGUUGGGGGUAUGAUGUAGCUAUUCUAACAGCUCCUGGCAGAUGCCAGGGCAGCCUUGAGGCUUUCGACUGAUGUCGAGUUCACCAGUGACGAAGAGGCCAGUGACGAAGCCAGGAGUGGUGGAUUUGUAGUCUCGUGCGAUAAAACACACCGCGUUACAUUGAAUUAUCUCCAUCUUGUCCACAUCUUGCUUAAGGUGUGGGUCCCAGAUGAUGGACGAGUGCGAGAUAGGCAUUUCGUUUGUAGGAAGUUGAGGAGUGGUGCAAAUUUCUUCGGAUGAAACCUAAGGUGGAGUUGGCUUUUUUUGACAUUUUGUUUAUAUGGGGUGACCAUUUUAGGUUCUUUGAGAAGAGAAUUCCAAGGUAUGGACUAUUGGAUACUUGUUGGAGGAUUGUCUCGUUUAGUGAGUAAAUAUGGGUUGAUGUUUUUUUUUCUUGAGAUUGUCAUAGUGUAGAUUUGGUUUCAUUAAAUUUCAUGCCCCAUUUGUCCGCCCAAUUCAUAAGGCUCUUCAAAUCUGUUUGGAGGUGGUUGUGGUCAUUGCAGCUGUUUAUCUAUCUGUAGAUAAGACAGUCAUCAGCGAACAGUCGCACUUGAGAAUUUACUGUAUCGGGUCAGUAGUUUAUGUGACAGAGGAAGAGAAGGGGGCCCAGUACUGUGCCUUGUGGAACUCCUGAGUCUACGGUGGCUUUCCCCGAUCGAAUAAUAAUUGGAUAAAAUGACUUGCAUAAAAUUGAUGCUCAUGAAAACUACUAAUGCCUUGACCUUGGUACACUCAGAAGUGCACCAAUACGCAUAAGUCUUGAGAAAAAUUACACAAAAUACUACCCAUUGUUGGCAUUAUCUUUUUUAUGGGUUACUUAUUUAAUUAUUAUUUUAGAUGUGUUUAAAAUGAAACAAUAAAUUCCAUUAUGAUUAUGCAAUACAUAUAGUAACUGUAAUACAUUUAAAAUUAUUUAUAUAUGAUAUUGAAAUUACUUGGAUAUAAGGUAUAAUUAAAUCUGUUUUUUUUUUUUUAAAAACAAUUACAUCCUUUCAGGAUAAAGCAAGUUUUGUCCCUGAAUCUGUCCUUUCGUCAAAUCACGCCACUAUAUGCAUAGAGACUGUAUAUCAAGAAAAUACAAGUUAUGGUUUGAGGGAUGUUGCUCUUCUUAUCGUUACCAACCUCAGACAGGUAUUGAUUGAGUAUAUUAGUUAAUGUAUGGGUAAAUCAGGAAAAAGUAAAAAAUCAUGAUCUGCAACAUACUUGAGUUUUUGUAAUAAAUUAUGCUUAGGUGCAUGUCUGAUGUGUACUCUUGAGGAAAUAAGUCUAUGUUGGUUAUUUAAAUAAAUUUGCAAGAUAUGUAAGUUUGGAUGUAAUAUUGCAAAGGCAAAUAUGUAGUUAAGUUCAAAAUAUUUAUGGUACAGUAAAAAAUAAAAAGGGAAAAUAUUUUAAGUAAAAUAAAAAAUUGAAUGAAUAAAUCUAAAACUAGGAAAUGAUAAGGUCAACAGAAUUCAUAUUUUAAAUAUACCAAAGUAAUAACCAUUUAAAGAUUUUCAAUUUUCAUGUUUAAAAAGUUUUAAUUAUUCUAAAUAAAAUUAAGCUUUGCUUGUUGUUUGUGAUAUUAAAAUCAGAAUAAUAUUCUAUGUCUUUGGAAAUCAUUAACAAUUUUAAAAACAUUGAAUUUUUAAGGAUUGUAAGUAAAUUUGCAUUAUGGUUUCCUUUAAAAAAAAAAAAAAAAAUAGAAUAAGCAGGUUCUAGCUGUUGAUGAAUUUCGUUUAAAGUCUGUGCGUGAGAGUCUGAUUACAAUCAUAAAAUCUAAGGUGAGUCCAAAAUAUGUAAUCUCUUAGCAUGUCUACUUAUUUCUUCUUAUUUAAUCUUUAAAAAAAAAAGUAAUUCCUGUCUUUUCUGACUUUUGUGGUGAAGAGUCACCAAUUAAUGAUAUCACCUCGGCAUGGGUAAACUAUUUGUGAUGAUGUGUUAUGAGGGUGCCUAAAUUUUGUGACAAAUUUAUAAUUGUUGGGGAGGGGGUGUGUAAAAAAAUCUGUCAAAAUAGUUUUACCUCAUUUAUGAAUGGCCCCUUAAUUCAUACUCAAAUUUGCAAUUUAACCAGUUCUUUUAAAAAUCAUGAUGAUAGCAAAAUUAUUCACUUCAGCUUUUAUAAUAUCAGAUUAGACUUGCGUGACAAAAAUUACUAAAGCACUAACACAUUUAACUUGAGAAAAAAUGAGUAAAAAAAAAAAAAUUCAUUUCUUUCAAAUUUAUUUUUUCCCUAACCUUCAGAUCCCAUUAUGUCGAGUGCUCCUCAUUGAAGUGAUACCAGAGUAUGGUUUCAAUCAAGUAAUGUGGCAAUGGUUGUCUGCUUGUGCCCUAGGAGAUAGUAUGCUACCUCUCAAAGAUGGAAACACUUUGAAAUAUUGGUUUGACAAGACAUUUUUAAACUUCGAGUUCACUUCCGGUUAUGGUUAGUUGAUUAUUUUAUUGCUUUUAAUUUACUUUUACAUUUUGAAGUAAUUUAAGCCUCAAGUGAAUAUAAAUUUAUGAACAUUAUGGGAAUAGAAAAUAGAAGCUUGACAUCUUUUCUUUUGUAUAUCUGGAACAUAUUGUUUUAUGUAUCUAUUUUACAGUGCAGAAACCUAGCAAAGAUGAGGGCUACUCCAUAGAAACCUUACAUGUGCCUUUAAAAAUAAAAUCAAGUUAUAAGGUAUUAAGGCCUUCAUUUUUUGUUUGUCAGCAGUUUUUAACUUUUAAAAAAAAAAUUGUAUCUUGCAAUAAACUAAAAUUUUGGAAGCAUCAUUCACAUAUUAAGAAAUAUAUCAGCACUAAUUUUAGAGAAAUCUUCAAGCAAGUUAUUAUUACUUGAUUACCAUAUUUAUUGGCGUAUUACACGCAUUUUUUCUUCCUGAAAAUAGGGGGCUAAUGAUGUGUGCGUGUUAUACGUAGAUAUAAUGUUAAGGACCCAUAGUACAUACCGCAUAGCGGCGUGAAUGGUGCGUGUUAUACGCCUGUGCCUGUUAUAUUCCAAUAAAUACGGUAUAUUAGGUGAAUUAUCAUAUAUUAUAGGUGUCACCUUACACUAAAUUACCCUAUGCAAUAUAUAUACCCUGUCAAAGAAAAUUGUAAUUUAAUUAUUUUUGUUUUUCAUAUCAGAAUCUAACAACACACCAAUGAACAUAGGACUAAUUGGUGUGUCAAACAAUGACACAUGUUGAAAACCGCUGAUUAAUAGUAUUAAUUAUAUUCCACAAAAUAAUAUUUAUUUAAAAAAUAGAGACAGUUAAAAAAUACUUUUGUGUUAAUUUUUUUUCAGAUUGUCAUUCAUUCUCUUUUUCUACAAUGGGAACAUAUUAUUGGUGAUAAUGAUGAACUAUUUCCUCAAAUUUUUUGUUUUUGUUCUUCUUGGGCACAUGAAAAUCCCACAGGCAGAAUUAUUGUCAUCUGUGAUGGGAAAAAUGUAGCAAAGGGUGAGAAAAUUUCAUAUUUUUCAUAUAAUAAUAAUAAUAAAAAUAAGACGUCUUAUAUAGCGCGGUACCCCAGCCUAGGGCUGGGCUCACCGCGCUGUACAUAAAAAUUUUAUCAAAAGAGACAUAAUCAUGACAUGAAAAUAAAAUACAUUUAUGAAAUAAAGAACAGCAAUGUAUAUUCACCCACCCCACCACAUAACUUUUACAAGGCAAACCAUGGACGGCAGCCAGCAAGACCGUUUAUCGGUCAGAGGAGGGGAAUCAGUCAGGGUAGUAUAUUUCAAAAAAAUUUGUAGUUAAAUUAUUGGCUUUUAAGUUCUUUUAUUAAUAUAGAUUAAUUUUUUUUUGUAUCUUUGGUCUUCAGGUAUCAUUUCAGCAACAGCUGAAAAUAUCAAAUUAAUGAAAUGUUUGAAGAAACUGGCAGAGCAGGUCUGUAUAAAUUUUAAUUUAGGAUCACGUUUCAAAAUUAAAUUAGAAAAUCUGGUUAAUGUUGAAGAAUUAAAAUAUAUUGAAAUUUUAUUAUACUGUUUUCAAAUGGGCUUCUAAGUCUUUGAGAGUACUUGGUAGUUAAUAAAGAUAAUAAAGAUCAGUUGUUUCUAAAAACCAUGGUCAAAUAAUCGCAUCCUGUGGUUUCGGUUUAUUAGCACAGCUACAGCUUUAACUAUAUUUUAUUAUAAGAAUGUAAUAUUCUCAAAACAGGUAAUUGUGGGGAAAUAUUCAAUUUCAUUGAACAGUCAUCAGUAAGAAGUAUAUUAAAAUUUAAGUACCAGUUUAAUUAACUAAAAUUUAUGUCUAGUUUUUCAAAACAGAAUUAGGAGACAUCUCAGACGAAAUUCCACAUAGGCCUUCAUUUUAAACAGCAAGUUCAACAAAUACUUUUUUGCAGUUGAAACUCAUUAAUUGUACAUUACUUUCAGCUCAACCAUCCAAUAUUUGCCCUUCAAAUUUUGUCAACAUCAAACUGUGAUAAUUUUUGCCUUCCACCCAAUCCUGGGAUGCUUGCAUUCUUACAACAACGUCACCUUGUGGACCUUCAUUCUGAGGUAAGGAUGUUGACGGUUGCCUUGUAUUUCACUUGUUGAUUUACUUUAUUUUCUUUUUGCCACCUGUCAGUAAUCUGAUAAGUAUACUGAGAUUAUUAAGUUUGCCAAUUUAAAAUAUUUUUCAGAAAACUUUCUACAUAUUUGGUUCUCAGGAUCAUAAAACAAUGGCACAGGUGGCAGGUGUUAAGCAUCUAAAGGUAACAUCUGAUUUGUGUGGUGGGUGGGUGCAUAUUAGAUUUUAAGCUUCUAAAGAGAAUUUUAUGCCUCUUUUUAUAUUGGGAAGGAAUAUUAAAGUGAUAAUAAUGGGAAGGAAUUUUAAAGUCAUAAUAUGGAAGACUACCAUCAGGUUAGGUAGAAAGAAAUGAGUGAAACAAAAGUAUGGGGAAAACUUAAAAAAAGGACAAGAAAACAGCGAACGUAUCGGCAAGAAGAAACAAACAGCAAUGAAACCAAUAUAAAUAUUAAAUUAAACACUAAGCUGCAGUGUAGUAUCCGAGAGGACAGCAAGAUGAAUGUAAUAGACCAAUAGUAGGUAAGAGAGUUUUCAAAGGCAAUAAGGGACAAAAGAGAGGAAAAGUAAGUCCAUGGCGAUUGGUUUCUAAGAAGGGGUGGAGAAAAGAUAUACAACGUCAAGUUAGAACUUGACAUUCAUGCCAUGUGAUGUCAAGGUCUCAUAGGUGUGGAUCAGUUUAUUCUCUAAGUUUAUCUUGGCGGGUCUUCUGUUGCAAGUAGAGUGACGGUAAUUGUAAAAUUGUUUGUGCCCUUUUAGUCACUUCUAUUGAAGUGUUUUGAGAUAGGACACUGUUUAUCUUGCACAAUAUUUUGAAGGGUGUUCAUCGAGCUGCCGUCCAGUCAUAUGGCAGCGGGCACAAACAAUGGCAUAUACAACAUUGCAGCUAGAGCAAAGGAAACCGUCCCUUAUCUGAAAACUAGCCUAAGGGAAGGGAAUGUGAUGAGUCUGGAUGACUAAGGGCAAGUUUUGGCAUCAGCAGGAUCCACAUGAAUUGGUUCCAAAGUGGGAGGGGCUAGCACGGAUGUGGCUACAAACAAGAAGAUCUCAUAGAUCUCAUAUCUCUUCUAAACACAGUGAGAGUCGGGGAUGAAAAAAUGUUGUUGGUGUCAGGGUCGGCGAGGAGAAUGGCAUGCCUUCAGGUCUCAUCCAAGUUACAAUUAUGAAAGGACCAAACUUAUUCUCACAUAUUAUCCCCACAAUCUCAUAGCCAAACUUGUUUGCUAAUAUUAAAGUGAAAAAGAUAUGUAAAAUCCUUCUAUUACCAAAUAAAUUACAAAACUUCACUAAACACAUAAUACAAAUUAACCAUCAAUUUUAUUUGUAUUUCAGGUAACUUCUUUACUGACAUCACCCGAUUUGGUAAGUACCUUAUAUAAAAGGCAUAUACUUUGUUUUAAAACAAUCACACGGAUUUAUAGUUAACUCUCUGAUCAUUUAUAAGCAACAACCAACAUAAAGUGAACGUUAUUUUGUUGACAUUUUAUGUUGAGCAAGUUCCACCAUACAUAUGAUACAACUUGUUCUUUUAUUUUUAUAUUGUAUUCACGUCUACAUGACAAUUAAUACACAUUUGACCAUGUCACUCACAGCGAAAAAUCACAAGGCUUACAUCAACACACACCUCAAAACUGGCCAUGGAUGUUUAAUUGCAACUUGUAAGACCACCUAAACAUUAAAAAGUUUUUUUGACAUCCCUUUAAAAUCUUUUCAACAAUAUAGGUAUUAAAAGGUCAGGGCAUUCACCCCACAGUGCCUGCAAUGUUGAAAACCAAAUUGGUAGAGGAAAAACUGUGUAUAAACAAUGAUACAUCUCCCUCGCUACCUCUCUUUGACUUGAGACAUGAAAUGGAGGAUGGGCAUAUUUCUCAUUGCUUUCCAUUAAGCUUUCAGGAGCAUGUUUUUGUUAAAGACAUGAGCAACUUCUGCAAGUAGGUCUUGAUUAUUUAAAAUUUGAAGUGAUGCCAUUACCUUGUCAUCGGCUCAUAAACUUAGUGUAUAUUAUUUAGUACUUUAUAUGACUUAUAUACACUUAGUGGUUAUUUUUUUAAAAUAAUGAAAUUUAAAUUGUUUCAGAUAUCAAGAGUUAUUUGUAAAGCAGCUUGGAUCAGUUGAAGAUGAAGGUAACAGUAAAAAAUUGUAUGACGCAACUGUAAGUGAAGAUGGAGAAAAAACUAAUGACAAAUUUAAGAAUGAAACUGGUGAUUUAAAGAUUCCAUACUGGAUGAAAAAAAGACCACGAAAAGAGCUCAGCUCUGGAUCUUCUGAAGCAACUUUAGAAAGUGCUAAAAGUGGUUUCAGGUUAGUGUAUUUUAAAAUAUUUGCAUAUUUUUAUCAAAGACUCAUCAGUUUGUGAAACACUGUUCUAGGGAAUGAAGAUAAAAUAUUACAAGCAGCAAAGUGCGUUAAAUUUUUAGUGCUCUCCGCAGGCUAUAAAAAUUACAGCCCUUAUUUGCUUAAUCAUCUAUAUUGUAAAAAUAUAUUUGUUGCCAAAAAUAAUUAUUUAAAUUAAAACUACUUCAAAGUAAUUUUAAUUUUAGUGUGAAAUAAGUUAAGACCAAAUUAUUUUACUUCAACUUUAUAGUUACAUUAUUUUUUUUUAGGUCAUUACAAACAAUCUACGUCAUGACAGAAAGAGAACUAAUGGAAAUGGCUCAUCAUGUUAUUCACCAGGCAAAAUAUUGUUCUCAAUGAUUUUAAGUUUUUCCAUAGUAUUUUUUAAGUGACCUGAACAAGUGUAAAGCAUUUAAAUAGCUUAAUUUGAUGUCUUUCAGAAACUUUAUAAAAUUAUAUUUUAAAUAUAUGUUUACUCUUUUAAGAAGUAUGGAGAAUCUAUUUCACACACACUCAUCAACCAAUUUUGUAACAAAAAAGGGCUAUAACAUUUAUAAUUUUAUAUUAUCUUUUAAUUUCAACAGCACGAGGCAGGGCAGCAAAGAAAACAAGGAUCAAACUUCUUAAAUACUGAUGAGCCCGGGUGACUUUUUCAUCAUAUUCUUUUUAGCAAGUUCUGGGUACUGGGGCAUUGUGGAUGAUCACUGUAAUUAUGUCUUACCCUUGAGGAAAUACAGUCAGCUCAAUUUCAGAGUAUAAACUACAACUUUACCUGAAGUAUAAAACUGAACAUUAUCUAGAUCUAGAAUAAAAACUCGAUUGAACUUUACCUACUGACUAUUAAUAUUGACAAGAUGUACAUUUUUGGGAUGCAACCAAAAUUAAGCAUUAUACUUGGACUCAAUUUCAUGAGUUCCAGCCAAAUGAAGCAGUAAUAAAUAAAUUUGUUUAUUUUGUUCUCAUUAACCUGUGGACAGGUGUAAGUAAAGCUUAACCUAAAGUAAUGUUUUUAAGAAGGUAAAGUACAAAGGUUUUAAUGAUUAAAACAACAGUUACUGGUCAUUGAAUGCAUCUUUAUUAUGUAAAUUAUAUAUAACAAUAAAAUGUUGCAAAGAU